AUGCCCGUGGCUGCGUGCGUCAAACAGACCGAGGGAAGAAGUGCUGGCCGUGGGAAAUGCGGCUUCUGGGUUCCUGCGUUCCUCAGAGUCCUCAGAGGUGCCUGUGUUGGUGUGUGUGUUGUGUGGGCGCAGCGCUUUCUUGCCAGCGCAGUGGAAUGGCUCUGGUGGCGUCCCGCAGGGCCCAGCGGGGCGCCGUGGGGGGGUGGGGGCGGUGGGGGCGGGCGUGAGGCAGUGGAAUGGCUCUGGUGCAGCGUCCCGCCAGGGCCGCGAGGCGCCGUGGGGGGCGUGGGAGGCGGGCGUGGGGGCGCGGCGGCGCAGUGGAUGAUGGCUCUGGUGGGCCCGCAGGGCCCGGCGACGCGCCGUGGGGGGCGUGGGAGGCGUGGGGGCGUGGGGGCGGGCGGGCGCAGUGGAAUCGGCUCUGGUGGCGUCCCGCAGGGCCCAGCGAGGCGCCGUGGGGGGCGUGGGGCGGGCGCAGCGGGUGGGUGUGGGGCGCCCGCUGGCCGGGAGAAGCAGAGCCCGCCUGCGCGCCUCGCCCGUUCCCCGCUCGCCGCCGCGUGGCCGCGUGCAGCCGCCGCGUCUUCCCGUGGUGGCAGCUGCGCGCGGUGCGACUGCGCGGCCGCGCUCGACCACCGCUGCGCCGGUGGCGCGCUGGGCGCGCGGGAGGCGCGCGGGAUGCCCACCGCCGUGCUCUCCGCCCUGCACCCGCGCGACGCCGCCGCAGAGCCCAUCGUCUUGACCAUGUCGCUGCCCCAAUCCACCUGGGAGUUGCAUUACUUGAAUAAUCUCCUCAAGGAGGUUUCAUUCCUUAGCACUCCGUUUAGAGGAAGCUUGUAUGAUAUUCUUCUCAUUCAGGAUACAUCCCAAAUAGUUACUGUUCUCCACCUUUUGGGAAUGAUAGUUGUUUAUUUGUAA